AUGGUCCAAGCUCCCUGCUGCUAUUGGCUCAAUCUAAACCCCAUUUCGAACUCCAGAAUUAGACCCGUUACUGCUAAUUCCUUUUCUUUCAACUUGUUUUCCACAACUCCUCGUCAUUUCUUGAAAAACAACAAUCUUAGUCCCAAUUUCACCACACCGAAGCGCCAUCGUUUUUUCAACACUGGUUCUGUAAGGGCGGCAGCAGCAGUUUCUUCUGCUAGAGCUGAUUAUUACUCCACUUUGAAUGUCAGUAGAAAUGCCACAUUACAGGAAAUCAAAAGCUCCUACAGAAAGCUCGCUCGAAAGUAUCAUCCAGACAUGAACAAGGGAGCUGGAGCUGAAGACAAGUUCAAAGAAAUAAGUGCUGCUUAUGAGGUCCUAUCAGAUGAUGAGAAAAGGUCUCUAUAUGAUCGCUUUGGUGAGGCAGCUUUGCAAGGAGAAUUUGAUGGCGCAGGCAGUGGUUCGCGAGGGGUGGAUCCUUUUGAUGUAUACAAUGCAUUCUUUGGCGGUUCAGAUGGAUUUUUUGGAGGAAGGGGUGAAGAUGGUGGCCUUAACUUCAAUUUCAGAAAUAUGGGAAGUCAGGAUCUUGACAUUCGUGGAACUGGUGCUAAAUCUAGUAGUUGCAUAAAACCAUGUGCUGAUUGUGGAGGUAGAGGAGGGGUGAUGAAAACUCAAAGAACACCAUUUGGAAUGAUGUCUCAGGUUUCUACUUGCCCAAAAUGCUCUGGUGAAGGCAAGGUGAUUACUGACCACUGCAGAAAAUGUGGCGGAAAUGGUAAAAGAAGGUCAAAGCGAAGCAUGAAAGUGGUCAUCCCAGCUGGUGUCAACGAUGGAGCUACAAUGCGAAUUCAAGGGGAGGGUAGUUUUGACAAGAGAAGGCUGCAUUAUGUCUUAUUUGGUGCUCUUUCAGCUGCUCUAAAGAGAUUGAUCAGUGGAUGCAAAGAGUCAGGAAAUGCUAAACAAGUGGGCCUUGCUGGUGAUCUGUUUAUAAGCCUCCAUGUCAACGAAAAACAAGGAAUUUGGAGAAAUGGUCUCAAUCUUUAUUCAAAGGUCAAUGUUGAUUAUACUCAGGCAAUACUGGGGACCGUCUUAAAGGUUGAGACUGUGGAGGGUUUGAAAGAUCUUCAAAUUCCUUCUGGGAUUCAGCCUGGAGAUGCAGUAAAAUUGUCACGUAUGGGAGUUCCAGACAUCAAUAAACCUUCUGUUCGAGGUGAUCAUCACUUUAUUGUGAACAUUCUGAUCCCAAAAGAUAUCAGUGACAAGGAACGAGUUCUUGUCGAGGAAUUGGCUUCACUCAAGCCUUGCAGCAAGGAACAUGCAGUUUCUUCCAACAGCUCUGGUACAUUCAAAAGCAACACUGGCAAGGAUCACAUUAGAGAUCCAAAAGACAGCACUUCAGUUCAUAGGGUCAAAUCCACUGCAUCUCUGUGGAACUCAAUUACAGGCUUCUUGGGAUUGGCCUCUUUAACUAUGAAUUCGCAGGCGAAAGCAGUCUCAGGAAAGGUUUGCAUCUCUCACCGUGGCCAACACAUCACUGUCGUGGAGAUCUGGAAAAUCUGA